UUAGUUCAUCGGGAGUGUGGUGAGUGUAAACGGUCAGGAGGUCUGAUGGUUGUCAUGAGAGCGCUAUCUGAAUCUCCCGCAAUUUUAACCGUAUCUGCUGCUGGUGCUUGGUGUAAGAAAAUGUCUAAGUCUGCUUUGAAAGAGGCUAUAGACGGUCUUUCUUUAGAGGUCCCACCUUGUGAGUGUGUUCAUCAGGAAGAGCUUCAGAGGUUUACUGACAAGUUUGGGUCUUUGUUUUUUACCUAUUCUUUCCAUGUUGAAAAGGCUACUAGUCGGUCAGUGGAGGCUGAACUGUCAAAGAUCCAAAAAUGUCUGCACAGACUCAGUCUGGUUCAUGCGCAGGUGAAAAUCAUAUCUGAGAUUAGGACAGAUUCAACGACACGCAAGCAAAUGUUCAGUGGAGGAGAGAAAGGAAGUAAAGUUUCAGCGAUGGAUCAUAGCAUUACUAUGGACACUGCCGCAUACGGACAGAGUCCAUUCUCUGUACGGUGUCUCCCGUCCUGUCCACAAAUGCAUCCAGUAUUGGGAAACACAAUGAGCUGUGUGCUUCCCUCUAACAUGAUAGAGGCUGGACUGUGUGGGGAAAUGAGCAUGGCUACCAUGGCAACACUUGCUCCCUGUAUGAAUCUGUAUUCCAAUUGGCCCACUCGUCUCUCAUGCAUACGGAUGUUAGUGUACAGUCCAUGCGGCAUGCCUUUAAUGCAACAAACACAGCCGAGUUUCCUCCAGAGUUUGGCUACUUCACUUUCCUGGGCAGAUCUCGGCCUUUCUAGAGUCUGUUGUAUGGAAGCACAAAACAUCCAGGGAUCUCUGUGUUCUGAAGUAGAAUUCUCUGUUGAGACUGACUGCAGCCAGGAAACAAGAUGUAGUAGUGCUGUACAGCAGGACAUUGAGUCAGAAUGGAGCCAUGCUGUAGAACAGACUCUGACUGUCUUCGUUUUCACUCAAUACACUGACCCCUUCCACUCCCAGAUCUCCGACUUCAUAGGCAGUGAAGAGGUUUUUGAGAGACACUUGGAUGCAAUUCUUUGGUACAACGGAGAUCAAGUGAGGGCGACGCUGCAGACUACCAUGAAAAACACGCUGAAAGGAUUUCAGCAAAAACAUGCUGCCAGGCAGAGGUUGGGUUCUGCCAUACCCAUUGUGUUGAGCUCAAUGAACAGUAUAAUUGCCAGCAGCAGCAGUGGAGAGUUUCGAAGAGCGUGUUUUGAUAGCAUGAAGGUCAAGAGCACCAGCGAGUUACAUGCCUCACUAAAGCAGUCUCUUCAAAGCAUCGUGGCUGGGCGCUUUACUCCAAGGCAUAGGUGUAAUAAGGAAAAGGUGGUGGAGGCUGUUAGCACUGAACAGAGUAGUCUUGAUGGCUGGGAGGAAGAAAAUCCACCAGAACUGUCUUCUAAGAGGAUUCACUCUGAACUUCAAUACUCAAGCUUUACCCCUACGAAGAGACAACAUUCAGAGAUGAUCUCUGAGAAUUCAGACACCUUCAUGAACAAUGUCUUUGAGGCAGCAAACAUCCAGAGAAAUUCCCUGUCCCCAAUACAGCUUCCUCAAAGUCAGCAAACCAGAAUGAUCGCAGACAAACCCUCAGUGCUGAGCCUGACUAACCUGAAAAAUGAACAGGUGGAGAAGCAGUGGCUUCAAGAGCUUGAAAACUUUUCUGAAUGGGACUGGAUUCAUUGUGUGUCUCCUGGACUUGCCACAGAGAGGAUGUUCCCCUGCCUGGCCCACAGACCAUGGCAAGUCCUCUGCCGGGUCUACCUGCAACAACGAGCCACUUUAUCUCAGAGACCCUCUAAAAUAGCAACGCCAUGUUUCGGUUGGAAAAGUGGAGGAGGGGUGCACAAACUCUGGUUUAGCUUUCCAGAUUCCAGAGUCACGUCUUUAAUGUGGACACAGGUCCAGUACUGUUCCACAUCAGGCAGUGAUAAAACUGGAUCUCCAGCGGGUCCUGUAGAGCCAAAGCCCACUGAGAAAGAACAAGCUGCACAGUCCUCUGCAAAAACAGCUGGUUCCAAAACUCAAGGUCUGACGAAAGCAGAGAGCAUUCAAGUGAAAGUACGGGCUGUCCUGAAAAAAAGGGAAUAUGGCACCAAAUACACCCAGAAUAAUUUCAUUACUGCAGUUAGAGCUAUGAACGAGUUCUGCCUCAAACCCAGUGACCUUGAGCAGCUUAGAAAAAUCCGUCGACGUAGUCCCCAUGACGACACAGAAGCCUUCACCGUCUUCCUGCGAUCAGAUGUGGAGGCAAAAGCGCUGGAUGUAUGGGGAAGUCAAGAGGCACUUGCUAGAGAGAGGAAUCUCAGGAAAGAUGUGGAAAGGGAGUACCAGGAAAACAUAUUUAGAAAUCAGAAGCUGUUGAAGGAGUACAAAGACUUCUGGGGGAACACAAAGCCUCGGUCUAGGAAGAGAGCGACAUUUCUACAAGGACCGGGAAAAGUAGUGAUGGUGGCUAUAUGCAUAAAUGGACUGAAUUUUUUCUUCAAGCUGUUGGCGUGGGUUUAUACAGGAUCUGCCAGUAUGUUUUCUGAAGCCAUCCACUCACUGGCUGAUACCUGCAAUCAGGCUCUUCUUGUAAUAGGCAUCAGCCAGUCUGUCCGGAACCCAGAUGCCGUCCAUCCGUAUGGCUUCUCCAACAUGCGUUACAUCGCCUCUCUCAUCAGCGGAGUCGGCAUCUUCAUGAUGGGUGCUGGCUUGUCCUGGUAUCACGGCAUUAUGGGACUCCUGCACCCUCAGCCAAUAGAAUCACUGCUCUGGGCUUAUUGUAUUUUAGCAGGAUCUCUGGUAUCUGAAGGAGCUACACUAUUGGUGGCCAUUAACGAGAUCAAGAAGAGUGCACGUGAACAAGGCUUGUCCUUUUAUGAGUACGUGAUGCAAAGUCGAGACCCCAGCACUAACGUGGUCCUGUUGGAGGACGCUGCUGCUGUGCUCGGGGUGGUGAUGGCAGCUGGAUGUAUGGGACUAACGUCUCUCACAGGUAACCCCUACUAUGACAGUCUGGGUUCUCUGGGUGUGGGCACCCUGUUAGGAACAGUAUCUGCAUUCCUCAUCUACACUAACACAGAGGCUCUGCUGGGUCGCUCCAUCCAGGCCGAGCAUGUGCAGAAGCUCACAGAGUUUCUGGAAAAUGACCCUGCUGUCAGGGCGAUUCAUGAUGUCAAAGCCACAGAUAUGGGGCUGAGCAAAGUGCGCUUCAAGGCAGAGGUGGACUUUGAUGGGCGGGUGGUGACACGAUCAUACCUGGAGAAGCAAGACAUUGAACAGAUCCUCAACGACAUUCAGCAGGUGAAGACACCAGAGGAGCUGGAGAACUUUAUGUUGAAGCACGGGGAGAACAUUAUUGACACCUUAGGAGCAGAGGUGGACCGUCUAGAGAAAGAACUUAAGCAACGUAAUCCUGAGGUGCGGCAUGUGGAUCUGGAGAUUUUAUAAUGUCAUCAUGACACAUUGCAGAAUGGAGAUCAGGAUGGAGCGGAAGGAAAACGAAUCAAACCUCGAGUGACCAUGAGCGCCCCAUUCUCUCCAACCAGCCAAUCAGCUGAGGUCUUAUGUUACAUCAGUCCCACAUCAACCAAGCACUAACCUGUACAUGGUUUCAGUAGCUGAUAAUAUAGCAAAACCAUAGCCAAUACAGAGUGGACUCCAGCUGGAUAGAGACAAGGCUAAUAAAUUAUUAUUUUACAGUCA